AUGGCAGCCAUGGCAACAUCGAUAGCUCUGUCAUGGCCAGUAUCCCUCAUAAGCGUUGGCAAUCUAAUGCCGCAGGCUAACCCGCAACGGAGAUCUCGACUACUGCGGUUUCUACAAGACCUGCGGAACCUGGAUGUGCCCAACUACACGGACUUGACAGAAGCCCUCAACUUCUACCAGGCUCGAGGGCCGCAGCAUUUAAAUGCUGGUAUGCACGCUUAUAUACAUUUCAAGGUCCUGGAUAUCCCAAAGUUGAACAAGCCUUUACCAAAAUCAAUGUAUAUAUAUAUUCCCGUACCCGACGCAAUGGACAUUUCUUUACCCUACGUUCCACUUUCAGUCAGCCCAUCGCACCCAAACAGCGGCGGCGAGCCAAAAUACCACUUCGUAUUCUUCAUAUACCGACACCGGCCCGAUAUGCAUCAUGACCCUGGCCUUGCAGCGAAUCGUGCUGACCCCUAUGUUAUUUACAUCAUGUCUUAA